GUCCCAAACUAAAAUUGGAAGGAUAUUCGCCUGAACAAGAAAUUCAAACAAUACUUUUAGCAAAUACGCUUUUAUUUUGUCUCCUCGUUAUAUCAGGCGCUUCGCCAUCUUAUAAAGAGCUCGAAAUGGAAGUCAUAAAAAGUAUUAAAUGUGUAGCAAUUUCAUUUUAUAAUGAUCAAAAGAAAAUAAUUUCUCAAGAAAAUCAACAGAUGCAAAUUGAAGAAUUAAUUUAUUUAGGUCAACAAAUGAUAAAUAAUCCAUUUAAAAUGUUUUUCUUGGCUUUGGUUUACACACUUCUUGGCAUUAGCUUUUUUUUAAUAGGCGUUGAAAGUUAUUCUUGUGAUUCUACAGCUUGUAAACCUCCAAAAUGUUUUUGUUCUAGCCAAACUUUUACCGGAGCCAGUCUAUCUCUUGAUGAAACCCCACAAUUUUUCAUGUUUACUUUUGACGAUUCUGUUCAACAAACUACUAUCUCAGUUGUAAACCAAUUACUGGGAAGUAGGAAAAAUCCUAAUGGAUGUCCUAUAAAAACUACUUAUUAUGUUAGCAUUCAAUACACCAACCAGUCCAUGGUCACUGAAUGGUAUGCCAAUGGCCAUGAAGUUGCCGAUCAUACCGUUACCCAUGUUCCAAAUCCUUCCGAACAAAUUACUAAUUGUAAAACGGUGCUCAAUACAUUUGCGGGUCUUCCAAAUUCCAAAAUUGGCGGAUUUCGCGCUCCAUUUCUAAAUUAUUCAGUGGAUACUUUUGCAACUCUUUCAAAACUAGGCUUCCAAUAUGAUUCGAGUGUUACAGCAUUGCGUGAGGAUGCGUCCUGGCCUUAUACUUUAGACUAUGGUCUUGCUCAUGAUUGUAGUUCAACAGGUUUCUGUGAUAAAGUAGUACAUCCUGGUUUCUUUGAAAUUCCAAUGGCUGCCAUUAUCGAUGAUGCUGGUAUAGCCCAUUUAAUGGAUCCAUACCUCGAGAGUCUUUAUAUUCACCCUGUUCAACUUGCCAUUCCUGGUAGAGAUAAUGCUACAUUGAUUGCGUUGCUUGAAGAAUUUUUAGAUUGGGCAUUAGCUCAACCAAAUGUGUGGUUUGUAACUUCACAACAACUUCUCACCUGGAUGCAAAAUCCUGUUCCCGCAAGUCAACUUAAAGAUUAUGCUCCAUUCAAAUGCCAAGCUCCAAAUAUUGGCAAAAAGAUUUGUAAUGGCUUAACUGACGAAGGUCUUUUAGAAAAUUGUAAUUUCCCUAAUGGUUCAUGGAGUACAUGUUAUGGUUGUCCAAGCACUGAUAUUACGCUUGAUAAUCCUGUUCCCCCAGGUGGUGAUAGACACAGACUGCCAACCAAUUGUGAUACUGUUUGGUGGGAUCCAAUUGGAAAUGCUUGUUUGUGCACUAACUCAUCUUGUGCUUAUGUGGAUACAAGUGUACCAGUUCAAAAUACAACAAAUAAAAAUCCUACCGCUACCGGUUCCAAUAAUUCCAAUCCUUCCGGUGACGGAAAAUCUAAUAGUAAUGGUCAAAAAUCUGAUGCUAGUUCAUUAUCAAGUAGCUCUGCUUUAAUGAUAGGAUUAAUGACUUUGGGUUUACUCCAAUUUUUAUGA